GGUUUCCAUUGCAGGAAGCCGGGCACCUGCCGAGGUGACACCGACACCGGGGCUGGUGCUGGAGUCCCUUGUCCGGGACACUCUUCUUCCCCCAGGAGCAGCGGCAGAGGUGGGAGAGAGGUGCUGGACAGUCGUGGAGCUGGCCUGGACGUUGGGGACCUCAGCCUUCCUAGGAAAAUCCAGAUCCCAGCCCCACCAGAAGCUGAAACAAUGGCCUCCAAGCCUGAGAAGAGGGUCGCCUCGUCUGUCUUUAUCACCCUGGCGCCCCCACGUCGAGAUGAGGCCGUGGUUGAGGAGGUGAGGCGAGCAGCUUGUGAGGCCCGGCCUGGCCGCCCCUGGGAAUCUCCUGUCCCCACGAAGGCUCCCGGGGCUGGCUCGGUGGGAAAGCUCCAUUCCUGGACGCCCCCUGGGAGGGCUGCAGCCCCAGGGCCAGCUGGUCCACCUCAGCUCUCCAAUGGAGGGUGUUCGCUUCCUCCUCCGCCCCUGGACGUUGACGAUGCACUUCCAGACCUGGACCUCCUCCCACCUCCGCCUCCGCCCCCGCCAGCGGACCUGCCCCCUCCUGACGAAGAGCCCCCCUCCGCGAUGGGGGCGUCACUCAUUUCAGACUUAGAGCAGUUGCACCUGCCCCCUCCCCCACCCCUACCCCCGCCACAGCCCCUGGUGGAGGGGCCUCCACUGCAGCCUCGGCCCAGUCAUCUCAAGCCCGUAGAGGAGGAGCUGCCACCCCCUCCAGAAGAGCCUGUCGGCUUCCCUGAGAGAGAGGCCUCCACAGACAUCUGUGCCUUCUGCCACAAGACUGUGUCCCCCCGAGAGCUGGCCGUAGAGGCCAUGAAGAGGCAGUACCACGCCCAGUGCUUCACAUGCCGUGUCUGCCGCCGCCAGCUUGCCGGGCAGAGCUUCUAUCAGAAGGAUGGGCGGCCCCUCUGUGAACCCUGCUACCAGGACACCCUGGAGAAGUGUGGCAAGUGUGGUGAGGUUGUCCGGGAACACAUCAUCCGGGCCCUGGGCCAGGCCUUCCACCCCUCCUGCUUCACAUGUGUGACCUGCGCCCGGUGCAUCGGGGACGAGAGCUUUGCCCUGGACAGUCAGAAUGAGGUGUACUGCCUGGACGACUUCUACAGGAAGUUCGCCCCAGUGUGCAGCAUCUGUGAGAAUCCCAUCAUCCCCCGAGAUGGGAAGGAUGCCUUCAAAAUCGAGUGCAUGGGAAGAAACUUCCAUGAGAAUUGCUACCGGUGUGAGGACUGCAGGGUCCUCCUGUCUGUGGAGCCCACGGACCAGGGCUGCUACCCGCUGAACAACCGUCUCUUCUGCAAGCCGUGCCACGUGAAGCGGAGUGCUGCGGGGUGCUGCUGAGGGCACCCCUGGGCCGGGGGCUGCGGCUGCACGAUAGGCCCGCUUGUCGGGGCCGUCCCUAACCUGUGUCCCUUCCCGACCUGUUCUGGCAUGCUUUCCUUCCAAGCCACACACAGGGACCAGCUUGCAGCUCCGCCCAUCACUUCAGCCGCUGAGCCCCAGCCUCCUCCCAGCUCAGCGCACCCUUCAGACUCUCAGCGGUUCUGUCUCUCCUCUGGGCACCAGAAGGCUUUCAUACUGUGAGCAUCAUGCCCGGGGGUCCCACCUCCACCGCUCUGGCCCCUCUUGAGCACUGGCCUCAAUCUCCCUUUCCAGGGGUCAGUUGGGUGAGUCUCCAGUGGGCACCCUGUGUCCAUAGCAAUGAUCCAUGAGCUCUGAGGGUGCUGAGCUAUUAGAGUACAACCCCAGAGUCCUUUAAAAAGCACUAUUUUUAACAUUUGAAGGUUAAAUGAUGAGAAACAUAGUUUGGAUUUGGGAGGAAGGUGGGGAAAUACCUUCCAUUGUUCACAAAUGUACAAGAUAGUGACCCUCCUGGUGGCACGGCCUUCCCACCUUGGGGCCAUGUUGACAUGGGGCUCAGGCCCAGGCAUGAGCCUGCACGGCAGCGGCAGGAACAAAGGGUGACAUGCUGACACCCAAGGAUGAUGUCAGCAACUCCUCCACCUGCCUUCUGGCACAUCCUGUGUGCAAAAGUGAUUCUGCAGACACAGAUUAAGUGCCUGUUAUUUGCCAGGGAGCAGAGCCCAGGAGCCCUUGGGUGUUCCUCCUGCAGCCUUGAUGGUGGCUGUGCUCACACACACACACUCACUCACAUACACUCCUCCAGGACAGGAACAGGGGUGUCCUCCAACCCCUCCCCGGGCCCUUCAGCCCAGGCUGCCCCGUGACCACUGCCCACUCAAGGCCACACCUCUAGGAUUCUUUUCCCUUUCAAGAAAAAAAUCACUUGUUGCUUUGUAACUUCUAAGACAUUUUGUAGGGCAUGAACACACGAAGCAAAAGGUGCUUUCCUCCUUGGGGUCGUCUCAAUGUACCACGUGCUCUUAGGAGGAUUCUCAGAGCUCCAGGUACCUGGAGGGUUUCUGUGUAGGGCCCCUUAAGGGCUUCAGACCAGAACAGAGCUGCUUGCCCGAAGCUUAGAGCAGUGAGUCCCAAACUCCAGGCAUUCCCAUAACCUCCACAUUUUUUAUCACAUGAGGACCUCCUGUUCUCUCACUUCCUUAAUAUUUUCUUUAACUCAAUAUCCUUUUUCUUUUUACUUGCUUACCAAUUUAGUCUUAUGCUAACUAAGCAAUAUAUCCACACAGUCACAUGUUGAUGUGCUAGUUAUACAUGAAAAUAAAUGCAUAACUAUUCAAA